AUGCGGUACGGUACAUUAUGUGCGUUUGUGAUCGGUGUGUGCAGUUUCGUAGUGGCCGAUCCGGCGAUCGGAAGUGGAAGUGUUUUCUCGGCUUCGAUCACCCGAGCGCUUGUGCCCCCGAGAAGGGACAGUGGGGUGACGGUGGGAAGGUACGGUGCGGGGGGAUUGCAGCCAGAAAUUAUUGUGAACCGUACACCGCAGAGGGACAGCGGAGUGACCCAGGGAGGGUACAGUUAUGAUCCACCGGCCGGAAGUUAUCUUCCACCCGAAUCGGUUCCCUUUGCGGACGAACCUCCAGCACCUCCGGUGUCAUCCGUCGCGGGGAACUACCUGCCGCCGGUGUUGCAGGAAGAUAUUCCGGCGGCCGAUGAACCUGUUUUCGGUCCCGAUCUCUCCGGAGAGUACCUGCCACCGGUGGAGGCGCCUCCCCAACGGGAUGAAGUGUUCGUGGUUCAGACGACCCCCUCUCCCGGGUAUAACUACAAUCGACCCACAACGACCACGACCAGCACCACCUUCGCUCCGCUCGGAGACGAAGGGUUCGAGGAUACGAACGAUCCGGGUGAAGGAUAUCGGUAUGAUCCUCCGACGAACAUCUACAUCCCGCCGUCCGGAGUUGGUCGCUCGCUUCGGGACGAUCCGGACGGAACGAGAACUCCCAUCCGUCUGCAGCUGAACGAGCUCGCCUGCCUGCGCAACAGUGGCGGGUACUUCCGGGCGGCCCUUGCCAUCCAGAGUGCGCUUGAAAGUGUUCCCCUGGUGGACGUCGAGAACGACGGAGGGGAUCUGAGUGGGUGCGAGGUGCGGCUCGAUCAGGCUCGCCUUCUGGUGGACAUUGCGUGGUCCGACUUCGGACGUUGUGGUGUUGUCGCUUGCGGACAGUUAACCUCCGGAACGGCUCGGGAAUUGUGCCUAAGGAUCCGGUUUCCGGCGAUCGCUGGCAUGCGGACGGCUGUCGAUCCAGUGUUGACGCUGCAGUGCCGCAUCCAGCAGCGUAUCGUGGCCAGAACGCAUUCGCUGAGACUCGGCGUGGCGAACGAUAGUCCGCAGGCUCGGAGCGGAUCCGGGACGGCGUUUGCAGUGGGUGGUUCCCAGCGACCGUUUCGAUCGCAGUUGGGAAUAUUUCGGCGGGCAAAUGGAGCGGCAGGAGCCUUUUCGAGGGCUCUUCAGCCGGGUGGAGCGGUCAUGUUGGGUGAGGAGCUCAUGCUGAGAACGCAGGUCUCGGCCGGAGAUGGAUGGAACUAUACGCGCCUCUCGGAGGUGGUGAUGCAGCGACUCUCGCCGACCGGAACCGUCCUCAACUCGGCCUCACUCGUCACCACCAACGGUUGCCUCAACCCACUCAUGCGCGCCAUCAGCCCCCUGGCGCCGGUUUUCGAGGCUCCGCUGGGCUACCGGCUCGGUUUCCGGGCGGCCAUGUUCCAGGGUAUGCGCAGUGGUGACGAGAUGAUCAUGCGCGUGCGCAUCGUCGGCUGCGUCGAUCGGCGCGAGUGUCUGGUGGAGAACUGUGCCACCACCGCCCGCUCCAAGCGUGACACCGAAACGUCAUCGUCCGGCGAGGAAACGCACGAGGCAGCGAACGAAACGGCCCUUCCCCUGCUCACCGAGACGGCCUCGAUCGCGUUCCGAAUUAUGCUACCGUCCAACGCAUCGCUGCUCGCUGACCCGCAGGACUCUCCCGAGGAUUACUGGCCGGUUUCACCGUCCGUGCUGUGGAUUACGCUCGGGACGACGGGGGCGAUCGUGGCGGGCAUCGGCGUGCUGGCGUUGGUUCUUAUGGCGUUGCGACACAAGCGUCGCCCCAGUUACGAUGAGUAUCGAUCGGAUUAG